CAAUUACAGCCUCAAGCCUUUUUGAAUUUGAUGCCACCAGCUUAGUUCACCAAUCUUCAGGCAGCUUCACUCAUUCUGUUCUGCAGCUCCGUCAGGUUGCAAUCAUUGUCAGAGACGUUCAAUAGGAUUCAAGUCUGGCUGUUCAGAGCUAUUCAGUGAGGUUCUAAAGCCUUUGGGAUCUUGGCUAUGUGCUUUAGGUCGUUGUUCUGCAGAAAAAUGAACCGUCACCCCAGCCUGAGGUCAAGAUUGCUCUGGAGCAAGUUUUCAUCCAGGUUGUCUCUGUAAAUUAUUUCAGACUUAUCUGCCAGUUUCUGCUGCUGCAAAGCAUCCCCAUAGCAUCAUGCUGCCUCCUCCUUGGUUUACCUUAAGGAUAGCAUUGGUCUGUUCAUGAGUUCAUCUAGAACUAUGACUGAAUUGUUUUUUUUUUUUGUUGUUGUUGUUUUUGCUCUUCAUAGAAGUUGCAACUUGCUCAACAUUUCUGAAAAGCUAUGGCACUUUUUUGGAGCAGCCGAAUCAGCAGAGCUAUGGUUGCCAAUUGCUUAAAAUUCUCUCUGAAAAUAAUAUUGCCUGGCGUCCUGUCAGUGAUUCUUGAGAAUAGGGACAAAACAGGUCCCAUGGAUAAAGUACAAAAUUUGAAUAAAAUAUACACCAAAUAUAUAUUUUUUAAAUAUCUGACUAAACUAACCUGGGUCAUCUGAGCACAACAAUGUAUGUUUUCCUGGUGUUUGCUGAAUAUUUUUUUAUUUUAAACAUUGUAGUAGGUGAAUGGUGUCUGUAAAAGCCCUUGUCCUGGUGUAGAACUCAAUACAUUAUCAUAGUUUAAAAGAACUAAAAUAAUUAUAUUUAGUUGUCAUAAUAUAUUAUUUUAUAAGUAUUCAAACAACUAACUUCAUAACUAUCAAUGAAUGCAAUUAAAAGUCAUUUAAUGUAUUUUCAAAUUCAAUUGAAAUUGUGUCCUCAGUUUUUGUCAACACCGUCAGACAUAGAAAGAAUGUGAAAAAAAUCAGGCAUUAUUGAAGGGCACCAGAAAUUCUGAGGACCCCAUGACCACUUCCUUUCUCUUCCUGUGCUUGGGGUGAUAAGCAGCUCUGGCUACAAUGGCCAGAGAAAAGCUGUCAGUGGAGGAGCGCAAGAGAAGGAACAGGGAGUAUCAGAAAAGAAGGAGAGAAAAAAUAAAUAGCCAGCCUGAGCUGAAGGAAGAGUUUUUAAGAAAGGAAAGGAAAAGAUGGAGACAGAGAGUGGAAGAGGGAAAAAUAAAACAUAUCAAUAAUCUGGGUGAAAGAGAUAAGAGACGUAAGAGAAGACUUUGGAAGCAAAAACAAAAGGAGGCAAGAGAACGAAGAAGUACAAUCCUGUCACUAUGGACAAAAUCUCCCGCAGAUCACACUUCACGCAGGCAUGUUCUACACUGGGCAACAAAAAGCAGGAUUCUGCACAAUCUCGGAGUCAAAGCGUCAGGAUGCUGCAGCCAUAUGGACUUAUAUGGAUCAAAUCCUCACAGAUAUUCACAUCAGAUAUCCGGCUAUAAACACUAUCCACUUUUGGUCUGAUGGUCCAAGCAAACAAUAUAAAAAUAAGAAGAACUUCUUUCUCCUCUGUGUUGUCCUGCAACGUCUGGGAUUUGAGAAAGCUACAUGGAAUUUCUUCCCAACAUCACAUGGCAAAGGCGCUCCAGAUGGCAUUGGGGCGACGGUGAAGAGAUGUGCUGACAGUAUUGUGCUGAGAGGUCAGGAUAUCAUAGAUGGCAAAUUAUUCUUUGACAAGGUGUCCAACAGCUUAAGUGGUGUCAAGCUGCAAUUUGUGACAAAUGAAGAUUUUCAGUCUUAUGACUCUCUCCUCCUGCAAACCCUGAAAUCAAUUCCAGGAACAAGAAACAUUCACCAAGUGCUAGCUCAGGGGAAUGUCAUCCAUUGUAGGUUCCUUUCAUGUUUUUGCGGAGAGCCACAGAUUUGCAAGUGCUUCAGUCCCACCAUUCACUCUUUUGGCAACACAACACAGGACCCAGAUGUCCAUGAAAGUUCAACCACUGCUAAAGUUCAAAAUCCUCUGGAAAUGCUGAUGGAGGAAAUGGAGAAGGAGCCGAGCAAGACACCUAAAGGAACAACAACCCUGAUAGAUCCUUGUGAUGUCCAAAGUGAAGACUGGCUUGUUGUGAUGUAUGAUGGAAAAUGGUGGCUGGCUAAAGCCUUACAAAUUGACAAAGAGCACGAAGAUGUACAAGUGGAAUUUUUUCAUCCUCAUGGACCAACUCUUAGCUUCAAGCAAAAACAAGGUCGUCGGGAUAUCUGCUUUGUGCCAUUUUCGGAUGUCCUAGUUAGGCUGAGAAAACCAUCCUCACCAGUCCACACAAGCAGCACCAGGGGUGUAUACCGCAUUUCACCAGCUGUUAUGGAUUUUAUUGAAGGAGAAUAUGUGACACGUCUAUUGCCUGGGGAUUAAAUAUUCUGACUUUUAAGCGAUUUAGAAAGAUAUGAAUUAGUUCACAAUAUAUUUCAAAAAGUUCUGUCGUGUAUAUUUUUGUUUGUAUUCAUCUUUUACAUUUUGAUUGAAAAUCGUCCUGGUUGAUGACUUCAGUGACAAAGGUACAUUCUCAAAAAUUUAGAUGUUCCUUGAAAUCUAAAUAUGGUUAUUUCACAUUUUUUCUUCAUAUCUUCACAUUCUACAACAUUUCAGCAUUUAAUUCUUCUUAAAUGUCAUUUCAAGUUCAGUGUUUUCUUUUUACUUACUAGUUUGUCACCACCAUCAGUUUUGUGUCAACACCGUCAUGUGCCGUCAACUCUGUCAGAUGUAGUUUAUGUUGCAUUUUGUUUAAAAUAAUAUUUAUUUUGUUUCUUGAUAGGCAUUUGUUUGUGAAAUGUCUGAAUUCAUGUAUUUGGUGCAUAUGUGUUUUUUUACUAAUAAAUGACACUGUUCAUUGUGGUGAUUACUUUCAAAAUUGUUUUUUGUAUCAAUUGAACUGGAGUAAUUAAAUACAGACUAAAUAAAUGUUUAAAUUGUGGUAUGAUUAAUUUAAAAAACAUGGACAUAAUUAAAAUAAUUAAGACACCACAGAGAGUAAAAAUAUCAGUCAUAAGUUCAUUAAAAAAUAAUUUUAUACCAAUUUAUUUUUGUCUGAUGGUGUUGACAAAUUUCUCAGUCAGAUCCAGUAAAAAUGUAAUUUAAAAGAAAAUGCUGCAGCUGGGAGCCUGCACCUUAACAUAUUUACAUUCCCAAAACAUUAUUUGUCAUGUAUGAAUACAUAACUUCAGGAAUAAAUAACAUUUUUGGUGGAAGAAUUUUAAAA